GCUUGCGUUCGCUCGCCGCUCGAGGCGCGACGCGCUGCAGCUCAACGUCGCGGUUUCCAGCCGAGGCUUCCUAGCUAAGCCUUGGCCGGAUCGAAUUGGCUGUACGGUCGUCACCCGCACCGCGGCCCGUUUGCGUCGGAGGAAUCGGGCCCUAGCCGGCCGCCGUAGCCACCUCUCUGUAGUGGGCGGGUCAAGGCCGGGUGACCCCCGCCGGAGACGCCGCUGCCAGAGACAUGUUCAAGGUAAUUCAGAGGUCUGUGGGGCCGGCCAGCCUGAGCCUGCUCACCUUCAAAGUCUAUGCAUCAGCAAAAAAGGACUCAUCUCACAAAGCUGCUGUGAAGGUUAAUGAGCUUUCACUCUACUCUGUUCCUGAGGGUCAGUCUAAAUAUGUGGAAGAGCCAAGGACCCAACUUGAAGAAAGCAUCUCCCAUCUCCGACAUUAUUGCGAACCAUAUACAAGUUGGUGUCAGGAAAUAUACUCCCAAACUAAGCCCAAGAUGCAAAGUGUGGUUCAGUGGGGGUUAGACAGCUAUGAAUAUCUCCAAAAUGCACCUCCUGGAUUUUUUCCAAGACUUGGUGUUAUUGGUUUUUCUGGAGUUGUUGGACUCCUUUUGGCUAGAGGUUCAAAAAUAAAGAAGCUGGUGUAUCCACCUGUUUUCAUGGGAUUAGCUGCCUCUCUUUAUUAUCCACAACAAGCCAUUGUAUUUGUCCAGGUCAGUGGGGAGAAAUUAUAUGACUGGGGUUUACGUGGAUACAUAGUCGUAGAAGAUUUGUGGAAGGAGAACAUUCAAAAGUCAGAAAAUGUGAAGAAUUCACCCGGAAAUAAGUAGAAUACUCCAUGCUCUGCCCAUUUUAAUCAGGUAAACAUUGGAAACUCCAUAUGAUAAACCAGUAUUUCUACAGAAAAAUGGCAGAGAAGUCAGUACUGAAUGUAGUAAGUUGGCAUUCUUCUUCAGGAAAAACUAUACUAGGCCUCUUUGUUAUCUUGGGUGAUGCCAUACUCCAAGUGGACUAAUCUGAAAUUCUUUCACCUAGAGAUAAUGUAUAAGUCUUAGAACUCCUCAUUCUCAUGUUGCUAUUUAUGUACAUAAUUAAAAUUCUAAGUUAAAAAAAAA